CAGAUAUCAAGCUACAAAAUUAGAUUCCAAUUUUUUGGGGUUCUUGUCAAUAUCUGCAAUUUAAAUCCAUAUAUAAAGUUUUGUUAACUUGGACUUUUUUUUUUAUACAACUUUAUAUUUCAUAUUUUUUUCUUCCUGAGGUUCAAAUGUAUCAAUUAUUUUUGUUGGCAGAUAUCAUGGUAGAGAAAUAGGAAUCUACUUAAGUUUUUUAAUGUUUGAUUAGUCAAAAUAUUUGCACUAUUCCUAUUUCCAAUAUCUGCCAGUGUCUGCUAAGUGUAACUAGUUAAGAUUAGGAAAAUGGUGAUUGCAAAGUCUUACAUAUGGACAAAAAGAAUGCUAAAGAUUGGUCUCUUGGGGCUUGAUUCAGUGAAAGAAUGUUGGACUAGCAGAAGUGUUAUGGAGUGAGUGUGUUUCUAUGGUGACAGUGGGAAGAGGUUAGCGAUUGGUUGUGAAUGAUGCUAAAUAUGUGGCAUUGUUGUCAUUUUGUCUUAAAUGCAGAAGACUCCAAAACGUAAAACCAAAAGGUUGUGUUUUUUUAGUGAGUUACAUUUUGUUAUGAAAUGUUAUUACUGAAGUCUACUACAGUGAUUUCAUUUGAUCACAAGUUAUUUUGUCUAUGUUAUAAAUUUUAUAUUUAGUUUUGUUCACAGGGAAGUUAUUCAAGUUAUUUGGAGUUUCAUUAGUUAAGAUAUACCAUGCCCACAGCAGUUUAGUUGUCUACCAGCAGUUUGAUGCUACAAGUCAAUGACUGUCAACACCAAGAAGACUAAAUUAAAUAAAGCCAUGUCUAUUUCUACAUCAUUUUGUUGCUACUAACUUCUAACCUGGUGUUAAUAACAACUAACGUGAAAUGGGAGAAGUAAAUUAUUAUCUGAUUCAUACUCAACUCUUCAAAUUCCAUAUAAUUGUAGAGAACUGACAUAAAAUAAAACAUUAACAAAAUGUGUAUUAUUUUUGUAACUUUUCCUCCACUUUGCAUAAAUUUCCUACUAGAUUUUCAUCAUUUUUUCCUAAAGUCAUUUCAGUUGUAAAUUAUUUUGUGCAACAAGUUACUGGAAAAAAGUCAAGCAAGAGAGGUCACUACACUAAGACUUUGUCUUCUCAUAAGAAUGGAUUGUUUUCUCAAAAGAAUGGAUGGCUGCCUGGUCAUGUGGUAUGUGCACUGGACUGUUGUGGGGUCAUCUUGAUGCUCAUAUCUUGCCUGAUGCCAUUUAUUCUGCUGGACGUUUGGUCAAGGAAGUAGAUUCUCUUCAACUCUCAAGGAACAUUCAAAACAUGUCAAACAUUUGACAAGAAUAUCAGCGUGCAGUGUAUAUGCAAAAGUUUUUAGACCAACAUGAUGAAAAGGUAGACAUGUACAUGUAGACCAGCAUGAUGAAGAUGUAGACCAACAUGAAGAUGUAGACCAACAUGAAGAUGUAGACCAACAUGAAGAUGUAGACCAACAUGAAGAUGUAGACCAACAUGAUAAAGAUGUAGACCAGCUAGAUGAAGAUGUAGACCAGCUAGAUGAACAUGUAGACCAACAUGAAGAUGUAGACCAACAUAAGGAUGUAGACCAGCAUGAUGAAGAUGUAGAACAUUAUGAAGAUGUAGACCAACAUGGAGAUGUAGAUCAACAUGAAGAUGUAGACCAGCAUGAUGAAGAUGUAGACCAACAUGAAGAUGUAGACCAUUAUGAAAAUGUAGACCAACAUGGAGAUGUAGAUCAACAUGAUGAAGAUGUAGACCAACAUGAAGAUGUAGACCAACAUGAAGAUUUAGACCAAGAUGAUGAAAAGGUAGACAUGUACAUGUAGACCAGCAUGAACAUGUAGACCAACAUGAAGAUGUAGACCAACAUGAUGAAAAGGUAGACAUAUUUAUGUAGACCAACAUGAUGAAAAGGUAGACAUGUACAUUAUGGCCCACAGGAAUGGAGAACCGCAAACAUAAUACCCAUCUUAAAGAAAAAUAAACCACCUGGAGACCCAAAAAGUUAUAGACCAAUAUCUCUAACAUCCAACAUUGGCAAAAUGGCAGAAAAAAUGAUCAAUAACCGACUUUAUUGGUGGCUAGAAAGUACUUGCUCACUCCACAAUGCACAAGCUGGCUUCAGGAAAGCAAGUAGAACAGAAGACCACCUCUUUCGUUUUAUCCAGGACACAGUAGAAGGGUUUCAUGAAAACAAGCACACUAGAGCAGUAUUUAUAGAUUUGCAGCAAGCCUAUGACAGAGUGUGGAGAAAAGGUCUAUUUUUGAAGAUGAAAAAAAUGGGCAUCCAUGGAAAAAUGUACAGCUGGAUCAGAGCAUUCUUAAAAAACAGAACCAUCCAAACCCGAUUCGAAGGUGCCAUCUCUAGUCAAAAAAGUUUGGAAGAAGGACUACCACAAGGUUCAGCCCUUAGCUGCACUCUCUUUCUAAUCUUCAUGAAUGACCUCCCGGACCUCAUUUCGGUCAAUAAGGCACUUUAUGCAGACGACCUUUUAAUUUGGACUACAGAGAAAUAUCCAGUGCUGACUAGAUCCAAACUAAAUAGAGCCCUCACAACUAUCUCCACAUAUUCAAAAUUAUGGAAAAUGGAAAUAAACAAAGAAAAGUCAGUUUAUUCAAUCUUUAGCCACAGCAACAAAACAGCAAAAAGAAACUACAUCCUAAAAAUAGACUCUCAGCCAAUAAAUAAAGAAGAAAAUCCAACAUAUCUUGGUGUAAAACUAGACCAAAGACUGUCUCUAAAACACUUUAUGGCAGAUUUAAAAGAAAAGGCAUCACAAAGAUUAAACAUAAUAAAACACCUAGCAGGAACAUCCUGGGGAGCUGAAAAGAAAACCUUAAGACAGUUAUACACUGGAUAUGUCAGAUCUGUAAUGGAUAACUGUCUCUCCAUACAAGUAGCUGCCAACAAAACCUAUCAAUCAUCAUUAGAUACAAUCCAAAACCAAGCCUUGCGGUUAAUUAGUGGAGGUAUGAGAACUACUCCCACAGCAGCCUGUGAAAUAGACUCCAAUAUUGAACCUCUUAAGUUAAGGCGCAACAGAGCAGCAUUAGAAGCUAUUGAGAGAUACAGAAGGUUGGAGGACGAUCAUCCAAAUAAAUUACUAACACAGAGAAAUAAGAAAAACAACCAAAAAAAGCAAAGGACUCUGAUCCAACUUACUGACGAACUAGCCCUAAAACACCACCUACCCAAUAACAGAGAAAAAAUUACCAGGUUUUCAAACAUUACACCCGGACUAAACUACAAACAACCAACCAUCAAAACACAUUUACUAAAUAACACCUUAACAAAAGAAUCAAAUCCACUGGAGCUCAAAGUAGGCACGCUUGAAACAAUCGAAAGCUAUCCAAAAACAGCUAUCCAUAUUUAUACAGACGGAUCGGCUUUCAAAGCUACCAUCAAUGCUGGUCUUGGUGCCUUCCUGGUCUUCCCUAAAAAUAAACACUUUGAGAUAAGCGCACCCUGUGGUGAUUACUGCUCAAACUUCCAAGCCGAAAUUGAGGCAAUUACCAUAGCACUCCAGACAGUAGAAAACAAAUUAUAUGAAGGAGUGCAACCACCAUCAGAUAUUGUUGUCUUUACAGACUCCCAAUCUACUCUGGAAGCACUUAACAGCAGCACCUCAAUAAGCCCAAGAGAGUUGACAACACUCAGUGUGAUAAUCCACCAGAUGAUAUCAAAAUUAAAUAUCAAUAUUACACUACAGUGGAUCCCUGGACACAUUGGCAUCAUGGGAAAUGAAAAGGCAGAUAAGCUAUCAAAGGCAGGUUCAACUAUGGAACAACCAGAUAGACCUGUUAACUACCUCACCCUCAGGUCAAUGUUAGUCAACAAUCACAAAGAGGAGUGGCUCAACCAAUGGGCAUCAGGAAACACAGGCAGAGCCAUGUACAGAGAAAUGACUACGCCUAACAAACUGGACAAUAUUAACUUCCUCCCCCGCAAAGAACAAUCUACAAUCUUCCAACUAAGAACAGGACACACACCACUAUUAAAUUACCACCUGAACAAAAUAAACUCCACACAACUACCCCUUUGCAGACACUGCACCCACCCCUCUGAAACCGUAAACCAUAUCCUCUUUGAAUGCCCCUCCCUAAUCCACCUUAGGCAGACCCUACUUCCACUACAGCCCAACAUAACCAACACCCUGUACGGCAGUGCUGAACAACUGAAGAAAACAGCACACUUUUUUUCCUUGGCACAGUCUGCAAAAGAGCUCACAGCUCAGCAGCAAUAAAGCUGGCUAGAAGAAGAAGAAGAAGAUGGCCCACAAUGAAGAUGUAGACCAACAUGAAGAUGUAGACCAACUUGAAGAUGUAGACCAACA